UAUAUAGACUAUUCAGCUGAUUGAAUAAGAUUUUUUUUUAAAUAAAAAUCAUUUCGAUUACUUGCCUCCGUUCAUUCCGGUCACGGUCUUAUUAAUUUCAAUUUCAAUUUCAAUUUAAAAGUUUUUUCUUUCUCUUUUGUUAUUUAAAAUAAAAUAUUCGUUUGAUGUUACAAUAUGUAAGUGUGUAUAUGGGAGACCAUCGGAAUAGUGACAGUGAAAUGAUAAAUUGAAAAAGAAAUUGUGACGGUUGCGUGGUCUGAAUUUUUUUUCUUCCUUCAGAUUAAUAUCAUUACGGUGUGAACAGAAGAAAAAUAAAAAAGAAUUUGUGUUCAUCACAAUUUUAGGAUGCUAUCAAAACCAUUGCCCAAUAUCUGUUCACAGCAAAUGCUUUCCGACGAAUUAAACUAUAAUGUAGAAUUUUAUCAAUCAUUAGAUUCGUUGAAUUAUAGGACAAGUUGUGAUUGGAGUGUGAAAGUGAAUAUAAAACGAUGCCUUGCAUUAAUUGAGUGUAACAGUUGAUGGAAAUUUUCCUGUGUAUUUUUAUGUUGGAAUCAGACCUUGUUGUUUGAAAAUAAUCUCCCUUUUGCCGAAUUUACUGAUUCAUUUUGAAAUUCUAUUUUUAAUUUGGAAAUUGAAACAUUUUACACAUUUUAAUUUUAUGCUGACGAGAACGACGUUUUCAAAUUGACUUAAGAUUACUAUCAACAACAUUUUUGACUUCGUUUCUUUGUCUGAUCGUUGUGGCGUUCUACAUUUUAUGAGAUAACAAAAAUGACGCAAGGCGACGAAGACCAAGAUGUGGACUUUUCAGAGGAAAAAUUGACUUUUAUUAACGGGAAACUGGUGCCGUACGAUGGUGCUGAACUACAUAAAAAAGAUAAAAAAACUGUAAAGAUCUCAUCUUCUCCAAUUAAAUCGAAGCCAACAACACCUGACAAGGACAACCAAGAAUGGGAACUAGUACCUCCGGAUGGAGGCUGGGGCUGGCUUGUGCUAGCCGGUUCGAUGCUUGUAAAUAUUUUGGUGCCCGGAACAGUCAAGAGUUUUGGUGUACUCUUCGUAGAGUUUCUAGAGGCGUUCGAUGCAAGUCCAUCGACAGCUGCCUGGAUUCCUGCGCUUUGUUAUUUUUUAUAUAGUUCAUUAGGACCUCUUUCCAGUAUACUUUCCGUCAAAUAUUCCUACAGAACGGUAACAUUAAUUGGUGGAACUUUUGCGGCUGUUGGAAUGAUGUUAUCAUAUUGGGCAUCAUCUGUGACGUAUUUGUACAUAAGUUAUGGCGUUUUUGUUGGGACCGGAGCCGGUCUGUCUUUUCCACCAACAGUAUACAUAGUCACUUCUUACUUUGUACGCUUACGUGGUCUUGCCAACGGUAUUUGUAUAUCGGGCAGUGCAUUCGGAUCUAUUAUUUUACCACCAAUUCUGCGAUAUCUGCUGGAGAAUUAUGGGUAUCGAGGAGCUGUUUUAAUCAUGGGAGCAAUCACAUUAAACACAUGGGUGGCUGCAAUUUUUUAUGAACCGGUUGAAAGGCAUCUGAAACGAGUACCGAAAAAUCAAUUGGAAACGCUCGAGGACGCCAUUAUCGAGGAGGAAGACGAUGGAAUAAUUAUGGAAUUCGCCGAACAAAACAAUGGGGACGAUGCUAGCAAGCCAAAAUUUAUGAUUACGUCUGAUGAAACGCCUGUUGUUACACCGAAAAAUAGCCUGACAUCGGCAGAUGUUGUAAAAUUGCCAAAAAAUUUUGAAAAUGGAUUCGUGAGGAGUGCUUCAGCAGCAGUGGUACAAAAUUAUGGAAAAUCAUCGGCCGAAGAAUAUCGUCAAAGGAAAAUUAGUACACCUGUGCGAGAGUCAAGUCGAGCUACAUUCGCCAACCAGCUGAGCUCUACGCCUUCUCUAUACGCCGUACCAGAAAAUUCCAGAUUUUCACAAUCGUCGAGGCUAAACCGACUAAAUCAACUACGAAAUUCUGGUAAACCAAAACGGUCUCCGUCAACGAGCAGUUUUCAAUAUGUCAGCACGCCUUAUCACGGCUCAACGCUGUCCUUUCAACCUCAAGAGUUUGCAUCGCAUUUAUCGUUAAAAUCAAUAGCCAGCUCUAUAAAUCCGGUAUCGUCCUGUUCGAAAAAGAAAUCAGACGCGAACGAAAAGGCGAAACCGAAAUUCCUGGACCUGUCUCUGCUGAAAGAUCCAGCGUAUUUGGUCAUUUUAAUAUCGAAUUCAACGAAUGCCAUCGGCUAUACGAAUUUCAUCAUUCUUCUUCCAUCAUAUGCUGGAGCAUUAGGAUUCGAUAAGGAUUACAGUGCUUAUCUCUUAUCCAUUGUGUCAGCGCUCGAUUUAGUCGGAAGAAUCGGUGGAUCGGCUCUCUCCGACACGGGAUUCAUUCCAAAAACAUGGUAUUUUGUUGGCGGUCUCGCUUUGUCGGGAUUGUCACUGGCAACACUACCGCUAUUCACUACAUACAGCAUGGUCAGUCUUUGCUGUGCGCUGUUCGGACUAGCAAGUGGAACAUAUGUCGGAAUCACUGCAGUCAUAAUGGCUGAUAUGUUAGGAACCGAACGCUUAACAUCGUCAUACGGUAUCAGUCUGUUCGUCAACGGUAUACUGCAAUUGAUCGGACCGCCACUGUGUGGUGUUUGGUACGAAGCAGUUAAUACAUAUUCGCCGCUGUUCACGACACUAGGACUGAUUUUGCUGUCCGGCGCCAGUUUAUGGGGCUUUAUGCCAUUUAUUUUACGCAAUAAAUUAAAAAGGGAGCAAGAAAAUGAAGACAAACAGCAGCAAGAAGAGAUGACAAAUUUCAUGGAAUAACACCAAACAUCAUAUGUGUUUUGUGUUGGUUUACAUUCGAUGAAUACAAAUUCGUUUCUCGCUAAAGAUAAUAAUUUAAAAACACUGACAUUGUAGUAGACGUAUAUUCAAUUUGGAUAAAAGUUAGUUGAAGCUGCAGAAAUUUCUAAAAAAAAAAAAAAUAAUGACAAAAUGACGUCCGACCACAAAACGAAAACGGUCCUAAUUUUAAGCAUAAACAAAAAAAUUUCAAAAAUAUGACAAAAACUAAAAAUAAUUUUUAAAAUUACCUCGAGUUACUUAAAAUAGAAAAAUCAUUUUA